UGGUGUGAGUCCAUGAAUCUUUGUCCAUGUCAUGAGCUUCCUUUAUAAAUUGGUGAUUACGAAACGUUAGGAAUUUCUUAGAGAACAUUUCCUGCAAAUCAAUGGCUCUCAACAAAGACAUCAAUAACUAAGCUAGAUGCCUGUGUCUGGUUUCUUCAAGUUCUUUUGGUGUUAGGUUCUAUCUCCUAUCUAAUAUGGCGAUGUUUAACUCCUAAAGAUCUUCUACACUAUUACUGGAGUCUGUAUUCCAUCCUUAUUUCAGAACCACAAAGUUAGUCCAAACGCCUCUAUUAUCCUCCAACUUGAAAUUUUCAACCCUAACAAAGGCUUUGACAUCUACUAUAAUGAUAUCUAUAUAGCCUUGCAUUACAGGGACUCCAUUAUUGGUAACAAGUCUCUUCACGGGUUUUAUCAGGGCUAUAGAGAGAAUAUCACAUGGAAACUGCGAGUUAAUCCAGGCCAAAAGUUCUGGUUUUGGAGAGGAACUAGAGGAAGGGCUAUGGUUUUCAGAGCCCAUAUGCCAAUUGGUUUUGAUGGCAGAUAUCUGCGGAACAUGAAUAUAAAGCUACAGAAAUAUCGACAAAGCUAGACGGACGAGAAAGGGAAUUAAAAUGAAUAUAUAUACUGUCAAGUAGUCGAAUUUGCUGGGUAUGUCCCCACUUCUGUGGAGGUAAGAUUGGAUAUAGUGGAGGUAGGGAAGAGGAUUGCUAAUCUCAUGAUGCAAAUCCUAUCUUAUUUAUUUUAGGAAGAUUCUCUCUUCCUUGAUGAUUUGUUCAUUGUUUUGCUUUUGUUAUUAAACCUCUUAGAAUCCCACUAGACUGAAACAAAGAAAAGCUACAAAUUGUUAAAUCCUUUAAAUUAGUUUCCUGUAUGUACACCUGAAGAAGUAAAAAUAUUGAUCCGAAGCAAAGCAUAUUGUACUUGAGACUUUGAUAACAUGCAUUAACCUGUGUAGUAAUAUAUUCCCCUUGUAACUUGUCUCCUUCAAGGGAAAGUUUAAAGCUUCUAACCUUUCUUUGCACUCAAAGCACUAUUGCAUUUCAAGAAAAUGGAAGCAUACCCAUUUUAUGCUUACAAAACCUCUCUGAAUAUAUCUCCACAAAGAUAAUAAUAAUGCGUGAUUCCAAAAACUUUUACUUAUGGCUUCUUCAAAUUAUAGGCCUCUUAGGUCUCCUUGCUCUUUGUUUAUGGCUAAGUUUACGUCCAAAAGAACCUACCUUCAGCAUCGUUGAGUUCUCUGUUCCUACCCAGGACUCUUCUGCUUCUGAGGAGGAUGGCACCCUCAGUUAUACCCUUGAAAUUAGCAAUUCAAACAAGGACUCCAGUAUCUACUAUGAUGAUAUUUUGUUGAUAUUCCAUUUUGGGGAGGAUACGGUUGGAAAGAACAAAAUUUCUGCUUUUCAUCAAGGAAAGAAUAAAAAAGUUAGAGAAAUGAACCAUGUUGAUGCUACUCAGCAGGUACGGCGAGCCCUUCUCAAUGCAAUUUCUGAUGGAAAGGCCGAAUUGAAGCUUGAUGUAUCAACUAAGAUUCAGUAUAAUACUUGGGGUGUCAAGAAUAAGCAUCACGGAGUCAAGUUGCAAGCUACUGUUCCAGUUGGUUCAGACGGAAGGAUACUAGGUAAGAAGAAGAAGAUUAAACUACACCACCAAUCCAAGAAAUGGAAAAUAAGGGCUACUAGAUUUCUUUGAGUUACUCUACAUAUUUUAUCUUGCUCGUUAUCGUGUUUGUUUCAAUGGAAGGGUUAAAAAAGAUCAUGACAAGCCAAAAACAGAAUCACGCAUUCUGCUGCUUUUCAUAUUGGCUGUGAAAUGGAAGCGUAGGUAUUGUAUUUUUCAGAUUAGAAGGGUGACUCAUUCAAUUGUGCAUUAUUGUUCUUGAAUAUUGAGUUAUAUUGAUUCCAAAGUGUAUUAA